AUGUCAGACGAUUCUGAACCUCAUCGACCAUCGUUUCGUUUUCGUGAUAAAUUAUCACGUUUCAAAGAACGUGUAAAAGAAAAAGUUAGAGACAAAGUUAAUAAACAUCAUAUUGCAACAUAUAUUCAUGAAAAUUUUACUUCAACCGAUGCAAAUCAUCAUGUCUCUCGUCAUGGUUUUCGACAACAUCUGCACGAAAUCAAAGAUGCCUUUAAAAAUAAAACUCACUACGGAGAAAUUAAAGAAAAAAUUAAGCAUAAAAUCGAUGAUAAACUAGAUCUACAUGACAAUAAAACUUAUCCAAAAGGUUUUUAUGAUUCAUUGUUUAGUCCCGAAACUGAGAAUGAAGUUUAUUUACAAACUGCACUUAUAUGUCUAUGGGCCGUUGCCAUAUUAUGUAUAAUACCAACAAUAAUUGUUAUAUUUUUACCUUCGAAAAAGCAGAAACAAAGCAAAUCCAGUACCAAUAUGAUUUUUUUUCAUGUGUUUCUUUGUGAAGUUUUUUAUCUUAUAUAUAUUUUAUUAGCAAUGAUUAAUGUGGCACAAGAUUUUCGUUUGGGACCGUCUCUUUGUGAUGUGGCAAAUUAUGGCAUGUAUGUAACAAUUCCAAUCAUGCAAUUUGCUCUACUUUUUCUCUCGCUUGAACGUUUACAAAGUCAUUUUAAUCUCUCAAUGACAUGGGCGAAAAUUUUCACGAAACCUUAUCUAAUACAAGUUAUUCUAUGUGUUACAUGGCUCGUACUUCUCGCAUUGCUUACGACAUUUAUGUUUAUAAAAAAACAAUUUACUUUCAAUUUUUUUAAAGAUCAAGCAAUGAACCUUGCUCCGCCAAUUGUCGGUGAUGUUUUAGGUCGACUAGCUUCGCGUCGUCAUCAUUGUUCAGUUGAUGGUCGUUUGUCAUCUGUAUUUAAAACGUUGAUUAUUGUUUUAUUCAUUAUAUUAAUUGUAAAACCGAUAAUUAUUUCGAUUGGCUUUAAUUUAUUAACACCUUUUUGUUGUAAAACGAAACGUAAAGAUCGUCAAAAACAAGGUGAUCGUCGUACAACAACAUUAGUAACAAUAUUUCUCUUAUUGAAUCUAUUUUUUUCAUUUCCAUUCUAUUUUGUAUCAAUGUUUAAUAGUAUAUUAACGCGUAUUGAUUCAACGAAAGAUACAUUUUCAUUGAUAUUAAAAAUAUGUUUUAUAUUACGUAUAACAAAUAUUAUAUUUGAAUGUUUAGCAUUUUAUAUUUUCGAACGAGAUUCAUGGAGUUUUAUAAGUAAAUUAUUUUAUUAUGGAACAUGUAAACAAUUUCCAAUAUUUAAAACAAUUCCUGACGAUGAUGCGUUGUUUACAAAAGAUCCAGCUGUUCUGGAUCUUAUGAAAAAAGCACGUGAACCAUCAGAUCAAGAUGAAGAAGAUGAUGAUGAUCGAAAAGCGAAAAACAAGAAAAAACAUGCCAAAGGAAAAGCAGUGAAAAAAAUUGAACCAACACCAAAAAUUGAACCGGAUGACGACGAGGAUGAUGGAGUAUUUAAAAAAGUUGAUAAAAAACAUGUGAAACCUAAACGAGCCAAAACGCCAGAACCAAGCGAAGAGGAUGACGAUGAAGAAGAACAUAUUAUCAAACAUAAGCCAGAUCGAACUAGAAAACUUGCUCAAAGCGAUGAAGACGCAGAAGAUCUACCGAAAGGCAAGACUAGUAAAAAGCCAAUAUCAUCAACGAAAAAAGUGCAAAGUGAUGAUGACGAUGAAGACGAACCUCAAUAUAUAAGUACUACGAAACGAACAUCUCGGUCGAAGAAAAUUUCAAGUGAUGAUGAUGAUGAUGAUGAUGAUGAUAAUGAUGAUGAUAAUGAUGAUGAUCAAGAACGUCAAAUUGUUAAACCUUCUAAAAGAAAAUCACGCACAAGACUCGAAGAAGAUCACGAAGAAGAAAUAGCAUUAACUCAAAAACCAAAACCAAAACCAACCAAAACAAAUCACGCAGAUGUAGAAAAGUCAGUACCCAAUGGUAAAUCUACAUCGCAUCGACCAUCGUCUACUACACAUACAACGUCCAAUCAGAAACCUGCUAAAACUCAUUCAAGACAAUCAUCUCCAGUAGCAGCAACAGAAGAAAGUGACGUCGACGUAGCUACGGAUGCCAGUCAAGCAUCUUCUAAAAAGAACCGAACUUCUGUUUCUCCUAAACGACCACGAAAAGUAAAAACUGAAAUUCGUUCAUCAUCGAAAGAACACAAACGAACUCAUUCAUCUUCUCAGCCAAUAGCAAAAACGACAAAACCAACUAGUUCUCAUAGAGCAAGAAAGCAUAAUCAUCAUACAGCAGCCACAACACAAAAACCAAAGGCUCACGCGAAACAUUCAAAAAAAGAUCGUUACUCUGAAAUUCUUGAGCAUUCUCAAGAAGUUUGA